CACGCAUGCUUCGAGAUAAAUGCUCCGAUGACACAUGGCGAGAGGAAUCUUCAAGCUUGGAUUCCUGUGUCAAUAAGUGUUUGUCUUAGGGCGAGGUUACAUGUUUACUUAGUCCCCUGUGGCUCGACUUCGGGAUCCUCGGUGUGCCUUCUCUUUUUCGGAUUUCAUGUGAUGGGGACUUGUGAUUUCAACAACCAGAGCACAGACACGGGGAUUCCCGAAGAUCAUGCCUCGAUCCCGGGAUCCACGACGCCCGUGGGAUCUUCGACGCCAAUCGCGUCCAUGCCGACCGGCCCGACCCCGACUCCCGUGGCUUCUCUGCCCACCGACGUCUCUCAAUCUGCUCCUUCGAUGGCGGAAAACGGCGCCGUCGCCGCUCUCGGCGGGGAAGGAAACGGGAAGACGGCGAAGAAAGGGAAUCAGGGGAUCCGUCGGCAAGAAAAACCUCCGUAUUCUUACAUCGCACUGAUCGUCAUGGCGAUCCAGAAUUCACCGACGAAGCGUUUGACCUUGAGCGAGAUCUAUCAGUUUCUCCAGCGCAAAUUCCAGUUCUUUCGUGGAUCCUACACGGGAUGGAAGAAUUCGGUCCGUCACAACCUCAGCCUGAACGAAUGCUUCAUCAAGCUCCCCAAAGGCCUGGGACGGCCGGGCAAAGGUCACUACUGGACCAUCGACCCGGCGUCCGAAGUGAUGUUCGAAGAAGGCAGCUACCGUCGGAGACCGCGCGGUUUUCGACGCAAAUGUCGGGCUUUGACCAAGCCUUACGGCUACUACGGGAACGGGGCGAGCACGACUCAAUCCACGGGUUUCUCCGGUCAGAACGGAUACGACAUGCUGUCUCAAGCCGGCACCUGUCCCACUCAAGAUUUCUCCGGUCUGAACCCGAAUCAAUUCGAGAUCCCGAACGGAACGUGCAACUUCUCGCCGUCGGUGAACUGCGGCACUUACUUACCUCCGCCUCCGCCGCCUCCAUCCUCUUGCCCGUUACCCAGCAUGCCCCUGAGCCCGGCCUACGGGAACGGAAACGGCGUCUGCUCUUAUUCCUCCGUCGAAUACACGACUCCCGUGUAUUCUCCGUCUCCGAUGUCCUACUCAAACUCUCCGAUCGGCGGCGGCAACGAUCGAGACGGAGGUUUCAUGAUCAAUUCUUGGUCGUCUGGAUACGGCUCGGGCUCUCACGUCUACUUGAAGAAUCCUCCGCUGAGUCCCUGCACGGAGUCUCCCGAGUCUCUGCAAUGCCUGUCUCCGGUUUCUCUCGAUCCGCACCAGACCGGCCUGGCUCAGCCUUAUCAGCUCUCGGAUUUCGACACCCCUGGUUCCUCAUCCGAAGUCGGAGAUCUCGGUCUCCAAGCCCUAAAGCCGUGCGACGAGUUCGAGCGGAAGUCAGGUAGAAUUCUUGGUAUUUCUGGCCUGCAGCAGACGAAAGGAGAAGCUGACUCAAGAUUGACUCAGGGAAUCCGAAUUCUUCAACCGAUGCACUGUGGAGACAGAAAGCCCCAAUUUUCGGCUCUAUCGCCACCACCACCAGUGUCCACACCUAGCCAGUACAUGGACUGCAAUAAGUAUUGCCUGUGAGAAAAAACUUCUUCCCGUCCCAUCUCGUGCCUUCUAUCGUUGUCAAUCAAAAAUUCUCCUGUGUCCCCCUCUCGUCGUUCAUUGUUUAUUUAAUAUGUUCUUUUUGUGCCGACGGAGCUAUGUCCACAUGGAAGUCCGUGCCUCUAUGGAUGAGUGCUCGUCUCACGAGAUGGUAGUCACCCCAGUCCUCUCAAGUGAAAAAGAGAACGAUAUCCAUAUAUAAUAUAUGUGAGGACCGUGAUACCCGUGCUCGAGACCUAAGCCGUGUAGUGUUUCAGGUUACCCCGAUUUGAUACGCUUAAAGAAGAAACCGAUCGUGGUGAAUGUAUAAUGAAUGAGGAGCUCGUCAAUAAAGAAAACUCACCA